AUGUCUACUCUCGAACCAAACUCUGAGCGAAAACCAUGGCUGUACUCUCGUACUCAAAUCCUUAGUUAUCUUUCCACACGACUCACUACCCUGGUACCACAACGGAGCAACUUCUCAGCUCGAACAAGUCCCAUAAAAAUAUUCAAGCGGGUGACCCGGGCCCAAUGGCUGAUGUUUCUCUGUGGCGUGCUUGGACGCGCUUGGGAUGCUUUUGAUUAUACGACUGUUCCGUUGACGGUGACGGAGUUGGGGAAACACUUCAAUAAACCAGCUUCGGCUGUUUCAUGGGCUAUAACUGCUACGUUGAUGACUAGACCACUUGGAGCGUUGAUUUUUGGAGUAUGUUGUGAUAGAUAUGGAAGGAAAUGGCCAAUGAUUAUCAAUCUUGUCCUUCUCAUGAUAUUGGAGCUAGUCUCAGGAUUUUGCAAUAAUUUACCUCAAUUCAUUGGCGUGAGGUCGUUGUAUGGUAUCGCAAUGGGAGGUUUAAUUGGCCCCUCCGCAGCAAUUGCGCUCGAAGAUCUUCCACCAGAUGCUAGAGGUCUACUGUCGGGUGUGUUCGAAGGCGGAACCUCAAUGGGCAACCUAUUUGCUUCAACAAUGUACCGUGCUCUCGUGCCAACAACAAAACACGGCUGGCGAAGUCUGUAUUGGUUUGGCGCCGGACCUCCCAUAAUAAUAAUUAUUUUUCGCUGGUGGCUACCUGAAACAAACCAUUUCCUAAUGAUCAAAACUGAACGAGAGGCUAGAACACGACAGAAGAAGGCAAAUGCUACCUUGGACCUGGAAGCUGGCAGAACUAAACAUGCCAGUGAAUUCAAGACUUUCCUUCAUGACUCUAAAAAAUCUAUAAAGGAGAAUUGGUUGCUGCUUCUUUAUAUGUUCCUGCUCAUGACGGGGUUCAAUGCAUGUGUCCACGGCGCUGCGGAUCUGUACCCAACGUUCUUAAAGAAUCAGGUCCGACUGGAUCCCGCCCAUACAGCUAUAAUAUCCAUACUAGGAAAUUUAGGAGCUGGUACCGGCGGCAUUAUUCUGGGUUAUAUCAGCGGCUUCCUAGGUCGUCGAUUGACUAUGAUCUGUGGAUGCAUUCUGGGAGCCGCCCUCCUUCCGGCUUAUAUCCUGACACGAGGCAUGAAAAUCGGCGCUUGUGUAUUCUUCCAACAUUUCGCCACCGUCGGUGUUUGGGGUCCUAUUCCAAUCCAUCUCGUUACAUUGGCACCUUACGCUUUGCGUACUCUUAUGGUGGGACUUACAUAUCAACUGGGUAAUCUGGCUUCGUCGCCCAUUACCACUGCCGAAUCCUUCUAUGGCGAGAAAUAUCCUCUACAGCCGGCCGCAGAUGGUACGAAGAGAUAUGACUAUGGCCGUGCAAUUGCUAUUGUUACGGCUGCGUCUUGGGCUUAUAUGCUUUUGUUUUUGUUUAUUGGUCCUGAAGCAUCGCCGGAGACGGAGAUGCAAGACGUUGGCAUGACGGUGUAUAAUGGAGGUUCUGUUUCGGAGCCGCCAAGUCCGACAGAUAGCAUUGAGAAGGGCCCUAUUGUUCUGGAGUCUGAAUAUGAUGAUGCCAAGAUUGGGUCAGUUUCUCACUCCAGACUGGGUUAA